AUGUGGACACGCCUCAGGAACGCUUUGCACAGCCGACGUCAGAAGCCGGCGCCGCCGGCCUUUGAUUCGGCUCCCCGCCCUGUGCCCGACACCUGGCGGGAGAUGACUGACACGCUGAAAGACGUGGAAGCGAAUCCCAACGCUGCGCAGCCCGACCCCAACUUCCCGCAGAGAUGCAAGGCAUGGGCUGUCAUCGAGGUCCAGAGCUGA